AUGAGUUCCUCGUCCAUGUUGGUUGUGUCCAGUGAGCUGUCCCUGCAGAGGCUCUCUGGUUCAGUACUGGACUUCAACGACACGGUCAAAUGUCCCGGAAGCAGCAACAACAUCCAAACCAGCAUCAGCUUCCAGUGUGGGAAAACCAUGGGGACGCCAGAGUUUGUGGCCGUGUCUCAGUGUGUGCAUUACUUUGAGUGGAAGACCUACAGCGCCUGCAAGAAGAACAAAUUCAAGCCCCACAGAGAGGUGCCCUGUUAUGCAUUUGACACGGACGGUAAGAAACACGACCUCAACCCUCUGAUCAAACUGACUGAUGGCUACCUGGUGGACGACGGGGACGACAGCAUCGACUUCUACAUCAACAUCUGCAGGAGUCUCAAUCAACCAGACAAGUCCUGUCCAGAGGGAUCUGCAGCAUGUCUGGUCACCAGUCAAGGCUCCUACAACAUGGGAUCUCUCACCAAACAGCUGGAGCUCCUGUCCAAUGACAGACUGAGGUUACAGUAUGAAGUCGUUGCCGGAUCGCCUCGUCCAGAUAACUGCAACGACCAUGAUCCUGCCGUCACCAUCACGUUUAUCUGUCCAUCAAGCAGACACUCGGGAAGCACUCCGAGGAUGACGGCAGAGUCCAACUGUCGGUACGAGGUGGAAUGGGUGACGGAGUACGCGUGCCACAGAGACUACCUGGAGAGCCAGACCUGCAAACUGACCAGUGAACAGCAUGACCUGUCCAUAGACCUCACACCUUUAACUCUGGGCUCUUCAGACUUGCCGUACAAUGUACACUCUGGGACGGAGAACGGCGAUGAGAGCUACAUCUACUACCUGAACGUGUGCGGAGAGGUCCCCACUCGGGAGUGUGGAGACGACCAGUACAUAUCAGCCUGCCAGUUGAAGAUGCCGGGGCAAGCCAAGAAGGUGGCCGGGAAGUAUCAGAACCAGACGCUACGAUACUCAGACGGAGAUCUGACCCUGAUCUACCCUGACGGCACGAGGUGCUCCAGCGGCUUCGAGAGAAUGACCAUCAUCAACUUUGAGUGCAGCGAGACCGCAACUAACGGAGGACGAGGAGCUCCAGUCUUCGCCGGGGAGACAGACUGCACUUACUACUUCAACUGGGAGACGGCCUUGGCCUGCGUCAAGGAGAAGGAGGAUCUGCUGUGUCGAGUCAGAGACGGGAACAAACACUACGACCUCUCACCCCUCACUAAAUACCCUGGGUCAGAGGUCAACGGGAACUGGGAGGCGGUGGAUGCUAAAUCUCCUCAGCCGGACUCGCGCUACUUCCUGAACGUCUGUCACAAAGUCCUGCAGACCGGAGAUGCUGUCGGCUGCCCGGUCAAUGCCUCCAUCUGUGCCAUGAAUAAGGACAACAUCCACAUCAGCCUGGGCAGCUUCCUCUCAUCUCCACAGAAGACGAAGAUAGGAAACGACAUCCGGCUGGUGUACACUGACGGAGACUUCUGCAACGAUAAAGAUAAAAAGAGGAGGAUACAAACCAUCCUGACCCUGAAGUGCAAAACAGGAGAUCUGGAGAGCGCUCCCAUCCUCCGCAGCGUCUCAGAAGACAAAUGUGUGUACGAGAUGGAGUGGUACACGGCUGCUGCCUGUGUCCUCUCAAAGACGCAGGGAGACAACUGCAAGGUGGAGGACCUUCAGGCUGAGUUCUCCUUUGACUUGUCCCCUCUCACCAAAGCUGACGGCGGCUUCUACAACCUGAGCAGCGGCAACUACGACUACUACAUCAACGUCUGUGGUCCGGUCACGGCUGCCAAGUGUCCCGCAAAGGCCGGGGCGUGCCAGGUCGAGCAGAGCUCCUGGAGUCUCGGGGAAGCAAACUCCCGUCUGUCAUACUACGACGGCCUGAUCCAGCUGAGCUACAGCAACGGCUCGCAGUACAACAACAAAGGACACACGUUAAGAUCCACGCUCAUCUCCUUCCUCUGUGACCCAGAAGCCGGAGCUGGAAAACCGGAAUUCCAGGCUGAGGACAACUACACCUACAACUUCCACUGGUACACAGCCUACGCGUGUCAUGAACGCCCUCACGAGUGUUUGGUGACAGACCCUCAAACUCUGGACCAGUACGACUUAUCCAGCUUGUCACGCUCCUCCUCAAACUGGCAGGCCAUGGACAUGACCGACACCCUGAACCGGAAGAAGUACUACAUCAACAUCUGUCGGCCGAUCAACGCCGUGCCGGGCUGCGACCGCCACGCAUCCGUCUGCCAGACGAAGUACAUAUCAGAACAGGGCUCUCCUAAAGAGGUGGUGUCAGUCAGUAACAUGGGAAUAUCCAAACGAGGACCGAUCAUCGAGGGGCGGGACCGGCUGCUGCUGGAGUUCACAGACGGCUCUGCCUGCGUGUCAGACGGCAAGGAGCUCACCUACACCACACUCAUCCACCUGGUUUGCUCCAGAGGGUCUUCGUCUAUGAGUCCACGAUUCCUCAUGUACCAGAACUGCACCGCCAGUUUUAUUUGGGAGACCAGAGCGGCCUGCGCCAUCAAAACCACCAAGAAGGAUAGCUGUUCUGUGGUGGAUCCAAACACCGGCUUCGAGUUCAACCUGCAGCUUUUGGCCUCAAAGACUGGAUACAGGACUACUGCGAACGGGAAGGACUUCCUGGUGAACAUCUGCGCAGACGCAGCAGAAUGUGGAAAGGGCAUGGCUGGCUGUGAGCUGGAGGAGGGGCAUCCGCUCAACCCUGUAGGAGUGGAGAAGACCCUCCAGUACUCCACUGACGGUCUGCUCCAGCUCACAUAUAAAGGACCUCUUGAUACUCCAACAGCCACUCGGGACACCUUCACCAUCAACUUUGUGUGCAACCAGACCGCUCACCCCGGCUCAUUGAAGCUGCUGCAGGAGGAGUUGAGCACAUCUAGUCACGUGGUCCACAACGUCCUCUUCGAGUUCUCCACCGCUCUCGCCUGCAUCCCCGCUCCCGUCGACUGCCAGAUCAUCGACUCUCACGGUAACGAGUACGACCUGAGUCACCUGAUCCGGAAUGGAGAUGACAGCCCGUGGAUCGCGAUAGAGACCGGUGCGGCCCAAUCACGCAGCUUUUACAUCAACGUCUGCAAACCUCUUCCUCCUGUGAGCAACUGUCCAGUGGGUCCUCUGGGUGCUUGCGCUGUCGUUGAUGGUAAGAGCAUGAACCUCGGGUACGUCCAGUCCCGUCCACAGGCAGCGGAGGACGGCUCCAUCAGCAUCGUCUAUCAGAACGGAGAUCAGUGCGACUCCACAUCGCACUACUCCACACGCAUCAUCUUCCAGUGUGACGACAACCCGGGCUCCCCCAUGUUUGACCGCCUAGACGGCUGUGAAUACGUCUUCAUCUGGACGACGUCAGAGGCCUGCCCCAUCAAGAAGUCCGAAGGUCGUGACUGUAAGGUUCGUGACCCCAGGAGUGGCUUCGAGUUCAACCUGAACUCUCUGAAGGGGCGAGACUACCAGGUCCGGAACGAGAAGUACAUCUACCACCUGUCCGUGUGUGAGGGGCUGCAGAGGGGCAUCUGCACCCACAAAGACACGGGCAUCGAAACCGUCUCCUCCUGCCAGGUGGACGGAGACAACCACAAGAUUGCAGGGAUGUCAAACCAGGUUCUGAGCUAUGUGGGUGACCAGCUCAUCCUGAACUACACUGAAGGAGAGACCUGUCAUAAGAUCUACAGAAGAACCACAGAGGUCUACUUCUCCUGCCACCCUGACCGCCAUCCUGGAGUCCCAGAGUUCUUAAAGGAGACUCCAGACUGCACCUACCUGUUCAGCUGGCCCACCGCUCUGGCCUGCGUCCCGGUCAAAACCACCAGCUGCUCCUACAAUGACGGUCAGGGUCACUCGUACGAUCUCUCCCCUCUCGCCAUGGACUCUCGGAACUGGGUGGUGGAGCCCUCUACUGUGGACACAGGGAAACAGUAUUUCAUCAACGUCUGCAGGUCGCUGGUGCAGCAAGGAGGUUCAUGGAAGUGUCCGUCCAGCGCAGCGUCCUGUGUGAAGGUGGGAGAUGAGUAUGUGAGUCUAGGCCAGCUGGAGUCGGGGCCGACGUGGGACAGGAACGUCCUGAAGCUGCAGUACAGCAGCGGCCAGGCCUGUCCUGACGGGCACCGCAACAGGACCAGCAUCAUCCGCUUCAAGUGCGACAAAGACAAAGUGGACUCCAGGCCCACUCUGAUCUCGGCCAUAGAGGACUGUGUGUACUCCUUCCUCUGGUUAACCGCUGCCGCCUGCCCGCUCAACGCCAUCCAGCACGACGACUGCAGAGUCACCAACCCUGCCACAGGUCAUUUGUUUGACCUGAACCCUCUGACAGUGGAAGGAGGUUACACCGUGUACGAUCAUCAGGACAACAGGAAAAUGUUUCGCAUGAACGUCUGUGGAAACAUGACUAAUGCUGGAUGCAGCCCUGAAACUGCCGUGUGCAUCAAGGACGGCAACACGGUGGUGAGCGGAGGUCAGGUGAGCAGGAAGCUCUCCUACAGGGAUCACGUUCUGGAGCUGACGUAUGAAGGAGGAAGUCCCUGUGCUGCAAACCCAACUCUGCAACACAAGACCGUCAUCCACUUCAUCUGCAGGCCGGCUAACAUGGACUCGUCCCCUCCAGAGCCCGUCCUCAUCGACUCAAAGGCUGAGACCUGCACACACUACUUCUCUUUCCACACACCCCUGGUGUGCGAGCAGACAGUGAAGUGUUCGGUGCAGAACGGCUCUGCCUUCAUAGACCUGACUCCUCUGAUUCAUGUCAGUGGAUACUACACCGCUACAGACGAUGCAGUGGAUCAAAGUGACGAGUCUCCAGACUUCUACAUCAACAUCUGUCAGCCUUUAAACCCCAUCCCAGGAGUCACCUGCCCUCCUGGAUCAGCUGUGUGCAUGGAUCCUGAUAAUGGACCUCCCAUUGACAUCGGGCGAACCACCAGCGGCCCUGAGAUCAACUCUGCAACAGGAGAACUCUCCAUCACCUACCACAGCUCCACCCAGUGUGCAGCUGAUCCGUCCCAGAACUACACCUCCACCAUCAUCUUCACCUGCCAGAGAGGCCUGGAGCUGGGCUCUCCUCAGAUGCUGAGGCUGCAGAAGUGCGUCUACCUGUUUGAGUGGGCGACCCCCAUCGUGUGCUCGGACGCCACGCACACCAGCGGCUGCCAGCUCACGGACGCACAGAUGCAGUUCACCUUCGAUAUGUCAGCACUCACUGGGGAAGUCCAGGUUCCCGCCGGCUCCAGCACGUACAACAUCAACGUCUGCAGCUCGGUGGCAGAGCCGGCUUGUAAGAACAGCGCGGUUUGCCGGGUGUCUGGAUCCGGUUCGGACAAGUCAGCGUCUUCCUUCGGCAUCAACAAGGCCAUGACGAUGGAAUACAAACAUGAGGUUCAGGCCGUCCUGAUGAAGUACGGAGGAGGAGAUCCCUGCCCACCAGUGACAGACAAGGGCGAGGCUUGUGUGUUCCCCUUCACCCUCAUGAAGAAGUCGUACACCGAGUGCACCAACGACGGGCGGACCGACGGCAAGAAGUGGUGCUCCACCACAUCCAACUACGACACGGACAGGAUGUGGGGAUUCUGCAAUGAAGCCUCCGGUAAGCAACAGUCCUCCAUAUUGUUCACCUGCGACCAGGCAGCAGGCCACGGCUCCCCGCAGCUGCUCUCUGAGACGUCAGGAUGUUCGGCCACUUUCCAGUGGAGGACCAGCAGCGUCUGUCCCCCGAGGAAGAUGGAGUGUAAGCUGGUCAGCCAGCAUCAGACCUUCGACCUCCGGACUCUGUCGUCCCUCACCGAGCCGUGGAAGUUCAGCCACAAGGGAGACUCGUAUUUCAUCAACCUGUGUCAGAGUAUCCACGGUGGAUUACCCGGCUGUCCGGAGGGAGCGACGGUGUGCCGACACUCAGCUGCAGGACAGACUCAGACCCUGGGCCGAGUCUACACCCAGAAAAUGAGCUACGCUGAUGGAAAAAUCUCUGUGAGCUACUCGGCGGGAGACGAGGUCUGCAGCAACGGAGUGAAGGCCAAGACCGUGAUCCAGCUGAGCUGCGGCUCCACUGUCGGACACCCGGCACUCAUCAGGUUUGACGAGGCUACGUGUGAGUUUGUGAUUGGCUGGGAGACUCGGUCUGCGUGUGCGGUGAAGCAGCGCGAGGUGGAGAUGAAGAACGGGACGAUACAGGUUCCUGACACGGGAGCCAACCUCAGUCUGGGAGCUCUUUACUUCAGUCACCAUCAGGCGUCUGGAGACAUCCGCCCGAACGGUGACCGCUACAUCUACCACAUCCAGCUCUCCGGCAUCACCAACAACUCCCUGACCAACUGUGUGGGCGCCAACAUCUGCCAGGUCAAACUCAACGGGGCUUACAGACGCAAGAUCGGCUCCUCCAGCACAGCAAAGUACUACAUCAAAGGAGGAAACCUGGAUGUGAUUGUUCCCUCUGACUCUCAGUGCGGGCGUGAGAAAACAAAGAUGGUGUCGUCCACCAUCAUGUUUCACUGCAGCCCGUCGGCGGGACUCGGCAUCCCCGAGUUCAUGCUGGAGACGGACGGGUGCCAGUACCUGUUCGUGUGGCACACCAACGCCGUGUGUGGACUCACGACUGUUGACCAGUCGUACGACGAUGACGGCAGCGAGGCUCCAAUUCUCUCAAGGCGGACUCAGGCGAUGGGGGUGAUGCUGACGCUCCUGCUGGUGGGUCUCGCGGUGUGUCUGCUCGGGCUUCUGCUGCACAAGAGAGAGAGAAGAGAGCUGGUGAUCCAGAAGGUGGCGGGCUGCUGCAGGAGAGGAAACCAGGUCUCCUAUAAGUACUCAAAGGUCAACAUGGACGAGGAAGGAGGUGACGAGGAGAUGGAGUGGCUGAUGGAGGAGCUAGAGGCCCCUCCCUCAUCGUCCUCCUCGUCCUCUCACAGGGGCAAGAGCAACCACGGCAACGGCCACAUCAAGACCAAGACGGUGAACACGGACGGACUGCGCUCGUUCUCUCUGGACGAGCAGGACGACGACGACAGCGAGGACGAGGUGCUGAGCGUCCCCGGGGUUCGAGUGCUGAAAUCCUCCGGGCUCUCAAGGCCCUCCACCGUCCAUCGCAGCGCCUUCCUUCAGGAGGAGAGCGAUGAAGACCUGGUCGGCCUCCUGGAAGAGUCCGACAGAAAGCGGAAGAGCAGCAAACCCCGCCCCUCAGGCCUCAACCAGGCUAACAACACGGCAGCCAACAGGAAACGGGACGAGGACGACAGUGACGAGGACCUCCUCAGGGUGUGAUGUCACUUCCCCUCCCCUCCCCUUCUUCCUCAUCCAUCCAGUCUGAACUCUUCUCUCUCAGUGAAUGUCUCCAUGAAAGCAGCAGCAGCAGCGACGAGAAGCCGACAACACUCUGAAAGCAGAAACCUUUUUCCUCUCUUCUGGGAUUAUUUUUGGUUGGACUGCACCUUUUACUCGACCUUCUCAGACUCUAUCCAGUCCACUGUCUACAGACUGUCGAUGUUAGCACAUGGGUUCUUAUUUAUUGAUAGCUGAUUAUUUAAAUUCUUUCUAUUUUUGCAUUUUUCUGUUUAAAGAUUUAAACUUUCGCUUCCCAGGAGCCGCUUUGCUCUGGUCUGGUUUCUGGGACGCGGUCCUGACAGGCCUGCGGGGGGCGCCACGCAGUGAGGCGUGUGAUUAAUUUAAACCUUUGUUUUCUUCUGGAAGCUGUGCCAUUGCUUUAGCACUUUAUUGUAGCAUCAUUAGCUGAGCUCACACUGUCCUCAUGCCUCACUGCAGAGAGAAUAAGAAGGAAAGCUUCUGUUGUUGUUUAUUUGUUUGUUGAAUCGCCCUCCAGCCUGUCAGGACGGCGUUUUCUAACUUCUCCAAGUCAAAGCGGCUCCGUCAGGAAGCAGUUUGUCAACGUUUGGAGUGAAACGAUCGGCUAUUUAAGAGAGUAACGGGGUGCUGGUUCGGUCCGAGGCGGUGAAGGUGUCGCUCGUGUUUGUUUCUAAAGGGAAUGAAGACAGCCAUUUGUCUUUUCUUGCUGUUUACAGUCGCUUCAAGAGCAGAUCCUCCUCUUUACCCCCCCCCCCCCCACCCCCCCUGGAGGAGAGAGCGGGAUGCCUUCCUGACGAUGAAUUUAUACCUUCAUCAGGUGAUUUGUGUCUUGUUUUGAUCAGAGACGUUGUACAUAGGCGAUAAUGUUCUAUAUAUUGUUUAUGUCUGUUGUCUCCAGCGGUGACUCGCUCACCUGUGUUUGUUUUUAUGAUUAUUUAUGUCCGAGCUGAUCGUGCGUACGAAUCUCUGUUCUGUGUGAAAAGAGAGGUGGCCUUAGGUGUGAAUGGAAGACGAGGACAGAGGUUGAAAGUUGUUAGUGUAGGUUGUUUCCCCGUCAAAGCCAUAUCUCUCCUGCUCCCUGAUGAAGGGGCUUUCUCUCUCCUGCUUACACGCUCUCAUAAACAUUAUCAAUCUGUUCUUUUGAUGCAUCCACUCUCAGUAACGCCCUGUUUUUUUUUUGCCAAAUUCAAGUUUCACAAACUCUCUGCGUGAUCAGGAUGUUUUUCUCUCCAGGUGAAUGAAAGGUGUUCAAGAUAUUUGAUCAUGUUUACACUCUUCUCUUUAAAGAAAUCAAACUGAAUCCAGUGUUUCCACGAGUAUUUGAGUCCCGGCCAAAGACGACAGUGUAACCACUGUUUUUGUAUUUCAGCGCAGGUAUUCACCAACUCAGAAGUAGUUUUGCCAACAUGUCGCUCUCCCUCUUUGGAGAGUCAAAAUAAAUCAAUCUUUGUGGCUUUAACUUGACUUAAUGCUCGGGUUUAUGUGUUCAAUGCGUGCAAAGAUGUCUUUCUUUCUUUGAAUCUUUAUCCAUCUCAACCGCACGGCAUCAGAGAGCAGUAUAAAGUUUCCAUCCUGUCUCUAAAGCCUGGUUUAUACGUCUGCCUCAACCCUACGACACAGCCGUGAGCACUUUGAUGUGUCCGUGUCGUGCAGCAGUACUCCGCCGAACCACUAGAGGGCAGUGUGGUCUCUCUGAUAGUCGCUACGAUCUCUGUUUACUUUUCCACAGCGAUUCAGAGCGUGUUCAGUUAAUCUUCAGCUGAUACAUGUUGCUGCUUAUCAUACAGACAUGAUUACAUGACGAAUAGAGAGGAGGAGAUGAAAUACACGGGGAUCCAGGAAGUGCUGUAGAUGCAGGAAAUACAAGCUGCCAAGCGGACCAAUCACAGGGCUUGCAGUCCACGUUGAUUCCAAGUGUAGUUACAUUUGGGAGGAGGUGCACAUACGUAACACGGGACUUCCACCAGAUCCGUCUCCGGUCCGCUGCGGUCCGGCUCCAUGCUCUCUCGUCCGUCAACACCCACCGGUUGCGUUUUUGGAACGCAGCACGGAGCAGGACCGCCAGACAGCUGGAGUCAUGUGACCGAGGUUUUCCCACGCUAAUCACUGAAUCAAGGAUCCUCCUCCUCCUCCUCUCCUCAUCCAUGUUGUCUUUCUGGUCCUCUGAAAACCUCUGACCUGUUGACUCCAGGCCUGGUCUCCACUCAUCAUGACUUUGGUUUGUUGUUGUAGUUAAGUGAAAUACGAUCUGGUGAUAACACAGAGUGUUUUAUUCUGAAAAUUAACCGGAUGUUUUCAUUUUGUUUUGGUGAAACCUGACUUCCUGUCCCGCUCCAUCUGCUCUGUUGAGAUUGAUGCGUCGUGCUCCGGCAUCCGGCAAAUAAUAGAAGUCUUGCGUAUCAGAUCCGUUGCCUUCCGAUCUGCCAGAUCAGAGACGCAGCCAGAAUGUGACAGAGUGGAUCCAGUGGAAGUUAACACAUUGACUCGAAUAGAAACCUAUCAGAUCCGGUGCUGUGACGGAUCGGAGACGUACCGGACACGGAUCUGGUGGAAUUUGGCCUUAAGCUUCUGCGUAGGUACGGGAGCUAAGCGGACGAUUCAACGCAGAAGUAUAAACCAGGCUUUAGGCGUCAUCAUUUUCUCCAAUGACUGACGUAGAUAUUCAGCAUUCAUCUGCAGCGAACCCAAACACAGGCGCUAGUAUUCAGUAUAAAAAAGCAUCCAAUCUUACCACUGAUGAUCUUAGUUUACUCUGGAGGCCAUGAAGAGGCUGAAAUCAAAAAACUCCUCACAGUGCCUUUAAAAAGACGAUAUAGAAAUCAUAUGUUAAAACGGCGUCAGUAUUGAUUUCAGCGCCAACUUAAAACUCCUCUCAGCACAUUCUGACAUUCUGCAGACAUCAUUAAUCAAACUAUUGAUCAAACAAGAGCCUGGGUAUCUAUUUCACUUUACAGUAGAAGUUAAGUGAGACUCUUUGAAGGUGUUCUCACCUCCCCAAACACUUUAAGUGAAUGUACUCUCACAGGAGAGAAACUUUCUUCUUCUUUUUUAUCGUUUUUGAUUUGCAGUCGAAAAUAUUUAUGAGUGAAUGUGCGUUCGUUUGAUUCGGCGCGAAAGGGAACAGACGACGGAAUCACUUCUCAGAGUUUAGGUGUUAAAUAUAAACGAUGAUGUCAUGGGUAAGAUAUCCUCUCAAUCAAUCAAUCAAAAAUGUUAAAGAUUCAGGAAGUUUCUAAAGCUUUGUACGUAAAAAAUGUAAAGAAGCUUUUGUAGAAUGUUGAUAAAAAAAACAUGAUCUGGUGUUUACACUGGAGACGUCAGGGUUUAAAAUCUGAGUUAUUCUGUUAUACUUUGAAAGAAAGGCAGCAUCACUUCCCAACUUACUCUCCGUGUGAUCACUUCAAACAUCACUGACUUGAGUUGAACUCUUCGGAGGACAAUUUCUUGCAAUUUUUCGCUAAAUUUCUCGACUUCACGAAUGUCAAAAAGCAGAAAAAUGUCCUCUUUCUCAUGAAUCUCUCUGCUCAUGUGACUUUAAAAGGUUCCCCGCGGAAUGACCGCUUCAUUAAGCUACUAAUCUCAAAUAUCGACUGUACGAAAUGAUGGACGACGUGCUUCGGCAUCCUCCCUGUGAACAAAAGUGAAGCCAAAACAUCUUGAGCAGACACCAUGCACUGGUUACAUCGAUUUGAGAUCAAUUAAUGGAGCCGGGAUGUUGACUUCCUGCCCUUUACGCUAACGAAAACACACGUUAUUUGCCGAUAAACGUUAAAGCCCCCUCCGGUCGGUACGAUCAAAACAACACGAAUCAGAAAAAUGGACACAAGCACGAUAAUAACUCGCUAUCAUGACGGAAAGGAUGUUUGAGAACGACGUGUUUUGAUUUUGAAGAUUAAACCAUGUCCCAUCUGUCAACAUGGAGGAGGCGGGGUUUAUGAGCUGUACUGCAGCAAGCCAGUAGAGGGAGCUCUGAAUGUUUCGGCUUCACUUUUAGGCACCUGUUAUGUAAUGUCAUCCAUCCUUUAACCGUCUAUAAUCUCAAACUAUGACUUGUUUAAGACAAAUGUACCGUGGGGAGGUUAAAGACGGAGGUGAUGGCGUUAAAACACACGACAGGUUAAUUAAAUUAGCUAUCAUUGUUUGUUUUUUUUGCUCUCACAGCUCUUUAAUUGUAAUCCCAGAUGUUAAUUGAGGGUGUUUGAUUGGGUAUAAAAGCAUCAACCUGUGUUUUGAAGAUGUAGCAGCUCCACUCAUCACAGAGAGACCGUUUCGUACACGAAGCCCUUUUCCCAUCUUUGCAUUUCAUCGCCGAAGUCUUCGUGACUUAUCUGCAUGGUACGGUCCUGACCUCUUCCUUUUCUAUCUCAUUAUGGACGAACGCUCUUGUGCUUUUUUUUCUUUGUCCACACUCGAGCAGAGAUUGUGACACUCGGUGAUACUAAACCCGGAGUCUGAGAUCGGGACGGGCGGACAAACAAACUCGGGAAGCACAAGAGAUUUUCUGUGAUGACUCGGCGGUACGGUGGGAGAGCGUUCUUUUGUUUUGAGUUGGUGUAAGUUUCGUUGUCCGGUUUUGUUUUUCAGCUCUUUGCCUGUUUUCCUAUUUAAGAAAGACAUUGAUGUAAAAAAUAUUGCAUUAUUUGAAUAAAUAAGAUCUGCUGUUUA